GGGAAUUUAAUUUAUACUGAGAAAAUAUAUGUGGAAAAAUUAUACUAUAAUUUUGUACAGUACAGCGAGGCAAGAAAAAAAGGGAAGAAAAGGUGGGGUUACGUCACGUGGCGGAAAUUCUUGAACCAGCAGACGUCGGCAAACACAAACUCCGUCAGGAAGCGGUAAAGCCGCGAACCAUUUGCCAGAUGGAGGUAAAAAAGCAAAAACAAAAGGAAAUUCUCAACGGCGUUACGGAAAACCGUUUAAAACGACUUCUCCAGUUCUCCAUUUACAUUUCCUUUCCCCCCCCGGCUGCUUUCCUUCUCUCACUUUCUGUAACCAAAAAGAGUAGAAUAGGAAGGAAGCAAGCCAACAAUCAUAAGCAAAGCACCUAGCAGCAGCCGCUCAGUCACUCUCUCUGUCUCUAGGAUUGUCUUCUCAGUUUCUUCCCGCAGAAGCUCUCGCUGCACCGGCCAUGGCGGUUCUCGGAGGCUGCUGAAUUCGUCCGUCUCCCUCCUCCCCUCGUUUCGAGUCAGGUGCGGGAUUCUGUUGCCGCAGUUUAUCGAAUUCGAGUGCUCCAUCUUUAUUCAAGCUUCUUUAUGGUUUUAUUUUCUGUUUAGCUUCUUCUUCGUUGUUUUACUCGGAAGUGGAAUCGGAUCGAUUGACUCGUGUGUCCAUUUUCCCCCCUCCCCGUCGUCUAGAUUUUAGGGGUUUCCGUCUCUAGUGGAUAUUUUUCGGCUGAGUUUUGUUUUCCCCUUCCAUUUCUCCGGUUUCUAUUAUUAAGGGGUUGAUUAUUGACUUUGGACUCACUCUUCGCUCCGCCUAGAGAGUAGGCGAAUUUUGAUUCGAUUUUCCGGCUGCUUUGUUUAUUUUAUUUUAUUGUAUUUAGUUUCUCGAUUGGGAUUUGGUUUUUUUUUGUUACCGGUGAUGCGAGCUGCCAGUGGGGGAGUUUGUCCUUGUUCGUUGAGAGUUGGUGUGAACGAUACACAAAACUUUACCUGGGUUCUUUCCUUUUAUGGUGAUAUUGCUAUUUCCAGUGCUGGGUUUGGAAAUUUGAGCAUGUGAUUGGGGUUUCUUCUUUUUUCGUACCAGAGUAGUCUUCUUUAGUGGACUUUGAGAAUGGGAGGCGCUUGUUGCAUUGCUGCUAGAGACAAAAACAUAGUGAGUGGACCUGGAAGUGACAUCCUGCACAGGAAUAUUCGACAUUCACCAACAUGGAGCUUUAGGUGGGAUAACCGGGGCAGAGUAGCUGGGGAAGAUACUUCCUUAAGUUGGUUUUCUAAUGAAACCAGUAGAAACGAUGCAUCUGAUGCUAAAAAUGAAUCAACCUAUGCCUCGGAAGAUGGGAGCCCAUUUACUAGUGCCAGGAGACAUACAUUUCAGAAGUCUCCUGUAUCUGACAGGACUCCGGGUCACCUAACGACUCCUGCUUCAGGCUACUGCAACGACAGCAAGUGCUGGGUGAUUAGAGUAUUCCCUGCUGAAAUACUAGAAUAUCAAUCCAUAUCAAGGAAUGCAUCGAUGGAUACAAAUCUGGAACAGGUGAAGGAGACUGAAGAGCCGCCAGGAACUUCAAAUCACUCUCCCUCCAACAUAUCCCUUUCAUUGCCUUCAACUUCAUCUCUGUCAACCUCUCCCAUAUCAACAGCUCAAAGCCACUUGCUUCCCGCCAGCUUAACCAAGCCAACAUGGUCGGCAGGGCAAGAAGCAUCGGGCAGCAAAAAUCCAGGAUUGAAGACCGGUAGUGAAGACCACAGGUCUGCGAAUCCCUCAUGGAGCAAUGAGUCUACUCGAGGGUCCCACGGAGGGUCUUCCGAUAGUUGGUCUAUGCUUGCAUUCUCUGAACUCAUGUCCACAUCUAAUAGAGAGAGAUGGUCCUUCGACACCACUGAGUUAUUGGGGGGUUCCAAUCGAGGGAAAACAAGAGGGCAUGGUCACCAUACAUCUGCUUCUUCCUUCUCUAUGGAUCUACAAGCAUGUGGAGUAUGCUUGAAGCUACUAACCGAGAGAUCUGCGUGGAGCACCCAGAAGCUUAUUGCGAACAACGAGCUAUCUGUUGUUGCAGUUCUAACUUGUGGCCAUGCUUACCAUGCGGAAUGUCUGGAGACUUUAACACCAGAAAUGUCCAAGUAUGAUCCGUCUUGCCCUAUAUGUACGCUCGGGGAGAAGCAGACUCUGAAGCUAUGUCAGAGAGCCAUGAAAGCUGAAAUGGACUUGAAGGCAGCCAAGAACAAGAGAUCCAGGAGCCGGGUUGUGGACAGUGAUGCUGAUGGAGUUUCCUUGAACGGUGAUCAUAUCAAACUACCUGGCCGCGAGGGAAGGAAAGGUCCCAAGUUGGGUUCCAGUUCCAGCAUGAAAACCAGCACUUCAAAACCUUUCUUGAAACGACAUUUUUCAUUCGGAUCGAAGGGGGCUAGAUACGCGUCAGAGAAUCACCACCCCUCGACUAAAAAGAAAGGCUUCUUCUGGACGAGAUCUCUGAGGGGAUGAUGAUCCCCGCUUUCCAAUCUGCUACAUUACCAGGUCGGUAUAUUGCAGGUUGGGUGUCCCUUUUCUAAGAACUGGUAAAUGUUCAAACUGUUUUAGUAUUUACCGGCGAACAUCUAUAUCUAGCAACUCACUACAGUUCUAUAACUAUAAUGUGGCACAGAUUCGAGAAACGGAUCUCCUAUGCAUUGGGAGAAGAUGGCCCGUCAGUGGUAGAAGAGAAAGGAAGAGUAUCAAUUCUUUGCCUAGGAGUGAACAUCUUCGAGAUGUUGUGUCAACCAAGCUUAGGAUUGUGCAACUACACUUGUAAAGAUAAGAAUGGAAUUUGUGGUAGGGAAAAGAGAGAAGAGUCGACGUAUUGAUUUGAUGUAGUAGGGAAGAAGAACUCAGUUCAAAAGGAAGAAGGGGGGCCGCCACAGUACUCAAUGGCAUAUCCUCCUAACAUUCGUAUCUAUGUACAGAUUGAUUCGUUUUCCUGUAGUUACCUCGGAACCUAUUCAAUGGAUCUUAUGGGAAUCCAAAUCUUCUGUUGUGUAUGGUGUUUUGUUUAUGUUUCAGUUUGUUUCCAGACCAUCUAUAAUUUUACUGUAUUCUGUGUUUGGUCAGGUCAGUUUACGUAUUAACGUGCAUGGUGACUUCCAGGAUAAUGUAAAAAAGGCAGGUAUGGAUAAAGAUGAAGAGAACAGAAGAUAUGAUCAUUGCAUGAAGUGGUCAUUGGUGGUAGAGCUAGAGGGUGACACGUGGAUCAAAUUGUUUGCUAACGUGGCUGGUGCACUGGUGCAACAUGAAGAGACACGUGUAAGAAACCCAGUACCGUUGCAUUCGAUAGAAUCCCUUGGCGGGCAUGCAUAUGUUUAUCUAUAUAUUUCUUUUGUUCUGCUCUGUCUGUCUCCACCGUUUAUCAGUCUCUUGCGUAUAUUUCGUCAUUUAAAGGUUUACAGCUUAGCUCGACGGUGAUUGAGAACCCGAAAGAAGAGAAAUGGCACAACUGAUCAGGGACGAGUAUGGGAACCCGGUGGAGCUGACCGACGAGCUCGGUAACCCGGUUCAGCUCAGAGAUGAACACGGCAACCGUGUUCACAUCAAAGGUGUGGCAACCACCGUCGCCGGCACCACCGAAUCGCAUCUCGGUGCACCGCCUGUGGGAGUCACGGAGAGGGGAAGGAGGGAAGAGGAAGGGCCGCCGUAUACGUCGGCAACUACUGCUCGGCAAGGGCCGUUGGAGACCACUCAUCAUACGCUGGGUGACGCCCUGAAGGACACUGGUCACGCCACUGAGCGGACCGCUGCUGGCGCCAUGAGGACUACUGGUCACGCCACGGAGCGAGCCGCUGCUGGUACUGCUGCUGUUGGUGGUGGGAUCCUCGGCGGCGCUGCGGGCGUUGGAGGCAGCCUUGUGAGCAGCGUCACCGGGAACAAAGGAACUGAUGAGAACAAGCAACAUCAUCCGGCCUCCGAAAUCCGACGCUCCCCAAGUACCAGCUCUUCCAGCUCGUCGGAGGACGACGGGCAGGGAGGGAGAAGGAAGAAGAAGAAAGGGCUGACUCAGAAGAUCAAAGACAAGCUGACGGGGAACAAGCACAAGGACAACAAGGACCCUGUGACGGGCCAAGAAUACGCGUCAUCCACCACGACUACAACUACGACUACAGCGAAUCCUGAACAUCAUGAGAAGAAGAGUGUUAUGGAGAAGAUCAAGGAGAAACUGCCUGGCCAUCACGGACAUGGUCAGCACAAUCAUUAGACGAAUGUGAACUGCACAUUAGAUGGUUUCUACUUGCAAGUGUUUGUUGUCCCCUGUUUUUUUUCUUCUUCGUCUAGCCACCGCCAUGUAGUGAUGUUCAUAUGGUUGGAAUUUGUGUCUUUGUUGAAUUCCUCUUUUACUUUCUUUGUGUGUUGGUUUUUACCUUCGGUUUCUUGGUCUUGUUGUUAAGACACUGUCGUGGGGAGGGUUCAAUUGUUUUGUGACUUCGCGUUGUAUUUUCGGUCGUUAUGAAUAAAUACAUGAACAAUCA